AUGGCCCACUCGAACGUCCACGGAGUCGUCGUCCUCACGCGCAACGGCGAUCGCUUCUCCUACUCUCAAGAUCCCUACACUUACGAGCCCUCAUGGACCGAAGCCACCCCGCUCGGCGAGGUCCAAUCGCACGCCCUCGGCCGCGCCCUCCGCACAAAAUACUUCACCCCCUCCUCCCCCUCCUACAUCCUCAACGUGCACACCGACCUCGUCGACCCGGACGAGAUCCAAGCGCGCUACACCGCCGGCGGCGAAGCGGGCGCCGUGUUCGAUUCCGCCACCGCGACGCUGCAGGGGCUGUUCCCGCCGAACGAGAAGAACAGCAUCGAGCUGAGCGACGGGAAGUUUGUCGUUGCGCCGCUUGGGGGGUAUCAGUAUGUUCAUCUUGAGACUGUGGAGCCGAGGGUGGAUAGGGCGUUGGAGGGGUGGACGCAUUGUCCGAAAUUCCAGGAGCACGUUAAGAAUGUGUACAAGUCGGCCGCGUUCGAAGCUGCUGAGAAGGAGAGCAGCCGCUUCUUCGCAUCCGUAUCCGACUUUCUCUUCGGUCGUCCAGCAGACCUCAUCCACGCCGUAAACGUCCACGACUACAUCUCCGAACAAAACGCGCACAACAAAACCUUCGCCUACCGCCUCCCGCCCACCUACCUCGAGCAGUCCCGGCACUGGGCCAACGUGCACGAGGAGCUCGUCUUCGGCGACGCCGGGAUGGGCGGGAUCGGGAACGUCGCGGGGCGCUCGGCGCUGGGCGCUGUGGUGGAGGCGCUGGAUCGGGUCGCGUUCGAUGGGGAUCGCGCGCAGUUCGUUGUGCUGGCGGGGACGUAUCAGCCGUUUGUGUCGUUGUUUAACGUGACGGGGGUCGAGAGCGUUUAUGGGAUCCCGGACUUCGCGAGCGCGCUCGCCAUCGAGCUCCGCCGCGCGCCUCUGCCCGACUCGCGCGACUUCCUGCGCUUCAUGUUCCGCAACGGCUCGGACGGGACGUUCGAGCCUGUGCAUGUGUUCGGGCACGAUGGCGAUAUACCGCUCACUGAGUUCGUCUUCCGCACGAGGGAUGCGACGAUCUCAAGUCCCAAAGAAUGGAUGUCCGCAUGCGGCACGUCGAGCAUGGCCAGCUUCCCCGCAUCUUCCUUCCCCACCGCCCUCACCGCGACGGCGCACGCACAAGCGCUGAUGUUCAUCGGCGCGGCGCUGCUCGCCACGCUGCUCCUGCUCUUCGCGGCCGUGAUCGGGCGAUGGAGGUAUCGCGCGCCGAAGAAGGGGAUCGUGUUGCCGGAGGAUGUCGAUGCGCUUGUGUGGAGGGAGGAGAAGGGGGUUACCGGUUAA